UGUUUUUUCGGCGCCGACGCCCCCGUAAACCGAAAGAAAAAUCCGCUUACAUCCGGAGACGCAUAAGGCCGACUUUCCGCCUCCUCUCCCCAAAUCGAGACUUCUCUGCGACUCUGCCCAGUCGCGUGCCCUGCCACUGCCCAGCCCGCGUCGCCACCGAUGAGCCGCCGCGCUACGAUGCACGCGCGGCUCCUCCUACCGCUUCCCUAUGCAAAUGCAGCUGCCGCUUCCAGUCGAUCUCUCGCCCCCAAACCGCUCGGCCGCGGACGGUACAGUCCUCAUUAUCAGAUGUACACGCGAGGGCAAGAUGAAAUCAAAAUGAGCAGAAGAUGGUGCCAUGACUCCCCUGAGAAUCAAGAAUUAGCAAAGAAGAGUUGUGUUCCAUGCAAUUCAAAGGAUGUACAUUCCAUGUCAGAGGAUUCUGCUAAAAAGUGGCUAGAUCAGCAGGUGAAUGGUUGGGAACUGAAAACUGAAGGUGGCAUUCUGAAAUUACACAGAGCAUGGAAGGUGAAGAAUUUUGUAAAAGGGCUUGAGUUCUUUCAGCUUGUUGCUGCUAUUGCUCAGGAAGAAGGUCACCACCCAGAUCUUCAUCUUGUCGGUUGGAAUAAUGUGAAAAUUGAUGUUUGGACUCACUCAGUCAGAGGUUUAACAGACAAUGACUUCAUCCUUGCUGCAAAGAUCAAUGAUCUCAAGCUAGAAGGCCUUUUGAGCAAGAAAAAAGCUACUGCUCAAGAGUAGCUCUGAUGAGUCAAGCAAACGAUCCUUGAACUUCUAAGGCCCCGUUUGGAUUGCAGUAUUUUCACAGGAAAAACGUAGGAUGUGUGAUUCCUAUGGAAUUGAAACAUUUGGGCCGUUUGGAUUGAAGGAAUAGGUAUGAGAACUUUACAGGAUAGGAAUCCACUUCCUUUGCUUUCACGGGAAUUGCACAGGAAUAUAAACAUCCACUGGCAUCUCUUUUUUUCACUCGUGAGUGUAAGACCGAGGCUGCAGGUGCAUUGUGGGCUUGUGACAUACAGAACCAGCCCGUACUGAGAGGAGACAGGAAGAGAGGGAGGGGAAGAGAUGAAGAUGUGCCAAUUAAUAAAAUAUGAUUGUGAUUCUAUCAACUUGAUUAGGAAAUAUGUCCAUGAUCUUCGGGUUAAUUGGAUCUAUGCCACUUUCCAUUUCACCGGUUGGUGAUAUGUCAUUACAAAAACUUGACUUAGAGAAAUGCCACUCUAAAUUUCUUAUACCUUCAUCAA